GGGGUUUACCCUGUUAACCACAUGUAUAACGUCACGUCGCUAUGAAUGGCGGGUAAUUCCCCCCAGGAAAACACUGACGGAAGGGGUCAUAAAGGCUCAACAUGUCUGUGAGGCGCCCAUCGAGUGCUCGUCGAUUACGGACUUUGUGGGAACGCGUCUGAACGCCUCCGGGUGUGGACGUUAAGAGUUGGGCCCCUAAAAAGUCAAAAUACCAGCUCGUGCGUGUGGCCGUUACUUGCCUGCGAGUCGUCGCUCGGGUCCAAAUUAACCGUGACUCCUUCGCGGGCUCUUCGCUCGUCCGUGUAGUUACCCAGAGCCUCUCGAGCCUUUAGGAAGCCGUUUGACAAGAUGGCAACCAACGAGAAACGAUUAAAGGUUACAAUUUAACGCGUAGAAACCAAACACCGUGUAUACAGUGUGUCUUGUGUUGCCCUAAAUCCGGUCCGCGUUACAGUUAGCUUCAGGUGUGAGCUAGUUGCACCUAGUACCGACUGUUUUGAUGUGGGGACGAUCUCGCAUUACUUGUUGGAUCACGAGCCAAAGUCACGAACGCAGUUGUUAUUAAUGUAUUUCAGCUGUUGGUGCCGUUUCUUUAUAAACUAGUGUAACCGAGCGUUCUGGGUUCGUGUGUCAGGUGCACUUACAACAUGAUAAUAAACACGGCUUCCCUCUUUAUUAUGUGUUCCCCCUCAUGUCUACUUACUUUUCCUCUCUACGGCAACCCCGAAGGGACAUACCAUCCACAAUACAAAACACACGAGACAGUCUGCUAUCAGAAUCCACUUUAUUGGCCAUGUACGUGAGCAUAUGGCAUUUAACUCAGGUUAAACGUACGCUCUCCUCGUACAUGUGAUGUAUGUAAUUUACAAUAUAACACGAUAAAUAUAUUUUUAAACAUUAAAGAAAGCAGAAUAGCAACAUGUAUGUACAAUAUAAAUACAACAACAGUGACAAUGAAUUUAGGAUGUUAGUGUAGAAAGAAAGUGGUGAAAGUGCAGAUGGAUGUGUCUGAUUAAGUGUUCAUCAGAGUGAUGGCCAGUGGGAAGAAGCUGUUCUUGUGUCUGCUGGUUACACUAGCUUUGCACUUUCAUUUGCAGCGAAGCCAACCUGCAUGAUGACUCAGUGUAAACACGUGGUCACAAUCACAACAAGUGCACUAGAUCGCAGGUGCAAUUUCAUGUUAUGUUUAAAUAUUUGUUUCUAUCAGGUCGAUGAUGGUUCAGAGGUCAAGCCGCUGCAGGACUUUCUCCAGUGGUGCAAGAGCGUCGGCUUGGUGCUCAGCAGUAAGGUGUGUGUGAGUAAAGAGGGAACAGUGGCCGAGUACGGGAUGCUGGCUCUAGACGACAUGGAGGAGGGAGAGGUUGUAUUCACCAUCCCUAGAUCAGCUCUCCUCCACCAGGAAACAACCACGGUGUCUGUCGUGCUGGAGAAAGAGAGGUCUUCUCUGGAGAGCUCGUCUGGCUGGGUCCCCCUGCUGCUGGCUCUGCUGUAUGAGUAUACGUCUUCACAGUCCCAUUGGAAACCCUACCUCUCUCUGUGGACCGACUUCAAGACUCUGGACCACCCCAUGUUUUGGUCGAAAGAGGAGAGAGACAAACUACUGAGGGGAACAGGCAUCCCAGAGGCCGUGGACACAGACCUGGCUAACAUCCAGAGGGACUACACAGACCUGGUCCUUCCCUUCAUCGCCAAGCACCCGGACCUGUGGAACCCCGACACGCACACACUGGAGCUGUACACGAAGCUGGUGGCCUUCGUCAUGGCCUACAGUUACCACGAGCCAGAGGAAGAGGAGGAUAGCGAAGAUGAUGAGGAGGAGAAGGAGUAUAAGGAGGAGGACCAAGAGGAGAAGGCCCCAAACCCACUGAUGAUGGUUCCCAUGGCCGACAUGCUGAACCACGUGUCCAAUCACAAUGCAAUCCUGGAGUUUACACCGGACAGUUUGAAGAUGGUUUGCGUGCGCCCGAUUCUCAAAGACGAGGAGGUGUUUAACACCUACGGGCAGAUGGCCAACUGGCAGCUGCUGCACAUGUACGGCUUCACAGAGCCUUACCGGAGCAACGGCAAUGACACCGCUGACGUCCCCGUCGCCAACCUCUACAAGGUCGCCAUGCAAGGUGUUCAGUCUGAUCCGGACCGGCAGCUGGUAGAGAAGCAGUGGGAGAUGCUGUGUCAGAUGAUGCGAGAGAAAGGAUCCUUCGUCUUUGGCAAACAGGGCUGCCUCACAGACACAGAGCUACAAACUGCGCUCAAGAUGAUGUGCAUGUCAAAGGAGGAGUUCUCAGAGUUCAAGGAUAACGAAGGGUGGGAGGAAGAUGAGGAGGAUGAGAAUCCCCUCCCUUUCUCCAACGAGGACCUCCCCGGGUUGAAGGCUUCGUGGAAACGCCUCAUUCAUGAAGCAGCCCGUCUGACCGUGAGGUCCUACGGAGACGUGGAGGGGGGACAGGGUGUGAAGAGCGACCAGGCGCUGAUGGAGGACAAGGCAGCGUUUGAAGGACUGGGCAGCAGGAAGCAGAACGCCCUGCAGGUACGCUGCGGACAGAAGAGCAUCCUGCACCGACUGAUGGAGCUCACCCAAUCAUGACUCUGGCCCAGCAGUGAGGCCGACCACUGGAGCAGUUAUUCGUUUGUUUUUUGUCAAUGUUGAAACUAUAAGAAAUAUUUUUCCUGAAUACAGUUUGUUUCCCCAGA